GAGUUGCUUUGAUAUAAUUCAGUGGCUGGCUGACAUUCAACAACACUAGCUGUGAUUUUUUCGUUUGCCAACACUGCAGCAUAAACAAAAUGUCAAAACAAUUUGGCCUCAUCAUACCUGGCCAACAGAAAAAGCAGCCAGUAAAACCAUUAGAUCAAACCAAGCCUUCCAUUUUCGAUGAGAGCAGCAACAGCUCGGUCAGCGACCAUGACGCGGAUGCGCCAAAAAUGCGCCUCAGCGGCAAAGCGGGAGUGGUCAGUGGACCCAGUCUGAUGGAUCGUGUGGCGCGCAUUGUGCAAGAGAAGGCUCUGGCCGAGGACCCAACCAUUUUUCAGUAUGACGAGCUCUACGACGUUAUGGACACGAAACGUGAGGAGGCCAAAGAAACCAAAAGGCUGGAGCCGCGCAAAGCCAAGUAUAUUGGCCGCCUAAUGGAGCAUGCUGAGCGACGUAAGCUGGAGAACGAGCUGCGUGUUGAGCGUCAAGUGCAAAAGGAUCGCGAAGCGGAGGGCGAAAUGUACAAGGACAAGGACACAUAUGUGACAGCAGCGUAUCGCAAGAAGCUCGAAUCCAUACGCCAACUGCAAGAGCAGGACAAGCGUGAUGAGUACCUAGAAGCCAUUGGCGAUGUGACGAAGCAAAAUGAUCUGGAUGGCUUCUACAGGCAUCUGUAUGAACAGAAAUUGGGCACCCAACAGCCAGUGCUCAAGCCCAAGACAGCGCCCAGCACAUCGGAUGUGGCCUAUAAGCCAAUCAAGCGCGAUGCGCCCGGCUCCAGUAAACAGCGCAGCUACAGAAGGCGUCGUUCCUCGGCAGAAGAAGAGAAGCCAGAGGCGGCGGCAGCGGCAGCUACAGAUGAAACCAAGGCUGGCAGUAGCAGCACAAAGGCGCAUCUGGCCAACAAUAUAGAUGCCGAUUCAGACUUUAGCAUUGACGACUCCAGCGACGAGGAGGAGCAGCAACAGCCGCAGCAGCAGCAGCAGGAGCAGCAAAAAGAACCGCCAGCAGCCAGUGCAAAUGGCGUCAAGUCGACGGUCAAGCCCCUGCCACAACCUGAUGCCAAACAUAAGGACAAGCAGUCCGAGCCAGAGACGGAGUCUACGCCGAAACCCAAAGAGCAGGGCGCCGACGUCGUCAGCGAGUUGGCCAAGGAGUCGGAGUCGGAGGAUGUGCUGGCGGUUGUCAGGACGCCCGUCGAUCGAAGCUACAUUUGGCUCAAACGCACCGUGGGCGAAGCAUUUGAUGCAGCACUCGCUCGUUACCAUCAACGCAAACUGGCCAGACGUGCCUGAUCCCGGCUCAAUUUGUGACAACUUAAACAUUAAACGGCGCCUCGCACUCAAUGUUAAUUUUAAAUAUAUGCUUAUGUACAUAGAUAUUCACGUAUAUAUAUGUAAAUUAUGCGAGUGCUUCCUUUGCGCAAAUAUUUUGCCAACAGGCAUUUGCAUAGCCCGGAAAAAGACAAUAAUGAUACAGUAAAAACUCGCUUGACGGAACAAAGCUAGCAUCAAAAUUGGUUUGGAAAAUAAAAUGUCUGAAAGGAAACUUGUAACGAGUUUUUUUUUU